ACCACCAAGCAUGCAUGCACUCCAUUAAUACAACACCUCACAAACCUCACAACAGCACCGAGAAAAAUUGCGAGAUUUGAGACCGAGAUGGCCUCCUUUUCCUCCGCCUCUGUGCUCGCUCUGACGAUCAUGGCGGUGCUCGUCGCCGGUGCCCGGUGCAGCACCUCGGGCAAGGUUGGCUUCGCACUCACGAAGGGUUCCAGCCCCACCAAUCUCAUCGUGGCCGCCAAGUCCUUUGGCGGCACUACCGACGACUUCUCCAAGAUGCAGGUCAAGGGGCAGGGCUCGGACAAGUGGAUUGACAUGAGCAAUGCGGGGAGCUCCGGCAAGGGGAACUCCGUCUGGAAGGCCGUAUCCUCUACCGCACUCAAGGCCCCUCUCGCCAUCCGUUACCAGACAAAGCAGGGCACGACUGUUGUGAAUGACGACGCCAUCCAUUCAUUUUAGAAGAUCCGUACAUCCAUGCAUGCUGCGGAACCUAAGGGCACUCUAUGCUCAUUAUUUUGUUACGUUUCAUAAUUUUGACCUACAUGCCAAUAUGAUGAUCAUCUUCCCGGGGAAAGGAAAGGUGUAGCAGAAAAAAUAAUCCAUUUUUAGAAUGGCCUAGUUUCAUGGCAUGUCUUCCGUGACCUGUGAAUGUACACUGAAAAACAGGCUCCUCUGUACGACUAUAAGAUUUAGGAACU